AUGAUGAGAACUUUCGUAACGUUUCUCCUCGUCCUGGGGAUCUGCCGGGCGAGUUUCCCGUUCGAAAAUAUCAACGACGACGAAGUGAAAUUGAAAAAUAUCCUGCCAUCCGGCAUAGUGAAACCGAUCGCAUACAAGUUGCACCUCAAGCCUGAUUUGGUGAAAUUUACAUUUGACGGUGAAACGGAGAUCACAUUAAUAGCGUUGAUCACGGACGUUGCCUUGACGCUGAACUCAAAAUUCUUAACAGUCCACGAUUUAAAGUUUGUGGAUUUGAAUACAACGAAGACUUUGGAGAUUACAUUAUACAAGAUUCUCAUCUCUAUUUUGAAAAAUUACUAUCUGUCUCCGUGCAAAUUAUGUAAAAUUCAAUUUUUCUUCCAUUCCAGCUGGUUCGUCUCAACGACUCACUUCGAGCCGACCUUCGCUCGGCUAGCGUUCCCAUGCUGGGACGAGCCCGCUUACAAGGCGAAGUUCAACAUCAGUUUGACGCACAAUAAGACAUUUCAGGCGAUCUCUAACACGGAUGUACUAAAAAAAGAAGAAAAAGAUGGCAUGAUGAUCACUACAUUCAAAGAGACCCCACUGAUGUCUACUUAUUUGGUAGCAUUCGUCAUAUGCGAUUAUCGAUUUAAGGAAGAUAAAGUCGGCAACUUCACCUAUAGGGUAUGGACAAAGGAGAGUGCGAUAAAUUACACUGACUACGCUUUGAAAAUGGGAAGGAAGAUUCUAGAAUUCAUGAAUUUGUACACGAAUAUUUCGUACCAGACAUACAUGCCAGACAAACUAGAUCAAGUCACGAUAAGGAAUUUCUACCCAGGCGGUGCCAUGGAGAAUUGGGGUCUCUUGAUUUACAGUGAAACUGCUCUUCUUUACGACGAGGCUUCAUCACCAAUCAACACGAAGUUUUACGUACUCAGGCUCGUCGCUCACGAGUUCUCUCAUCAAUGGUUCGGUAAUCUCGUCAGCCCGAAAUGGUGGAAAUACCUUUGGCUGAAUGACGGAUUCACCAACUAUUUCGUAUACUUCAUUGCUCACAAACGUUACGUGGCAUACCUGACGAAAGCUUUGACAACAAACGUUGGUUAUGAACCGAAGGCGAAUGACAGCGAUCUCGUAAAAAUGUUCAGAAUAGACGCAAUGAAAUGGGCUUGCGAAGCUGGUGUCAAGGAUUGCACAUCCUAUGCUGAGAAAAUAUAUCAAGAAUGGCUCAAAAAUCCUCAGAUAAAAUUGGAUGUUAACCUGAAGACGGAAAUUCUCUGUGCUGGGGUCAGGAACGCGAAUCAGAGCACAUGGACCCAUACUCUGGAGUACAUAAUUGCAUCUAUGCCCGAUGACGAUACGUUGGAUCAGAUGCCGGCCUUAGCCUGUUCCAACUCUUCUAAAAUUCUGACAGAAUACCUGAACUCAACUCUCAAUCCAAGAUUAAUCCCAGAACCGCUG